UCCUCUCGAUCUUGCUAGCUCCGCCCCGGGUCCUACAUAUCCAUUUCAUAAAUUUACACGUGGAGUCUCUUUUCCCAGAUUUUCUAAAACUUGACGCCUUUUUGGUUUCUAAAACUAGUCAAACAACCUGCACCGGCCAUCAUUAUCUACACAAACUCGCCGGAAAAAAUGGUGGAGCUCAAGAACCUAAGAUCAAAUACGUUGACUCUUGUAUUGGUGAAUAUUGCUGGUAUAAUGGAGAAAGCUGAUGAGACAUUGUUGCCUGGUGUUUAUAAAGAAGUUGGAGAGGACUUGCAUGCUGACCCAACUAGUCUUGGUUCUCUUACUCUCUUCAGAUCAUUAGUUCAAUGUAUUUGUUACCCAUUAGCUGCCUAUCUUUCAGCUCGUUACAAUAGAGCUCAUGUCAUUGCUCUUGGUGCUUUUCUUUGGUCUGCUGCUACUUUCCUUGUUGCCAUCUCCGCUAACUUUACUGAGAUAGCAAUUUCUAGAGGUUUGAAUGGAAUAGGACUUGCAAUAGUCACUCCAGCAAUCCAAUCUCUAGUUGCUGACUCAACUAAUGAAAGUAACCGGGGUACAGCUUUUGGAUGGCUACAACUAACAACAAAUUUUGGUUCCUCCCUUGGAGGGCUUAUAUCUGUGCUGUUAGCCGAAACAUCAUUCAUGGGGAUACCAGGCUGGAGAAUCUCCUUCCAUUUGGUUGGUAUGAUAAGUGUUGCUGUUGGAAUUUUGGUCUGUCUCUUAGCCAACGAUCCCCGUUUUGUUGACAGUGAUGGCAAUGCAAAAGAUCAACCUCUACCGCCACCAUUUCAAGAAGAAGUGAGACAACUGCUAAAAGAAGCAAAAGACGUUAUGAAAGUACCCUCCUUUCAAUUACUUAUUGCCCAAGGGAUUUCGGGGUCAUUCCCGUGGUCGGCAUUGUCAUUUGCCCCUAUGUGGUUGGAGCUUAUUGGCUUCUCUCACAAGGCAACAGCCCUCCUCUGGACUUUGUUUAAUGUUGCUCAGUCACUUGGUGCAUUGUUUGGAGGUACAAUGGGGGAUGUCCUAGCCAAGAACUUGCCUAAUUCUGGUAGAAUUAUUCUAGCUCAGAUAAGCUCUGGUUCAGCAGUUCCUUUAGCUGCAAUUCUGCUUCUGCUAUUGCCUUAUGAUCCUUCAACAGCUCUGAUGCAUGGUUCAGUCAUGUUUAUCAUGGGAUUAUGCGUAUCGUGGAAUGCCCCAGCAACUAACAAUCCAAUAUUUGCAGAGAUUGUUCCAGAGAGAGCUCGAACAAGCAUUUAUGCUCUGGAUCGUUCUUUUGAGUCAAUUAUAUCAUCAUUUGCUCCUCCACUGGUUGGCAUUUUAGCUCAACACGUUUUUGGUUUUAAACCAAUUCCAAAGGGAUCAACAGGCUCAGAGGAAAUUGUAACAGAUAGACACAAUGCUGCCUCACUAGCUAAGGCACUGUACACAGCAAUAGGCAUCCCAAUUGCGAUUUGCUGCUUCUUCUACUCCUUCCUCUAUUGCACAUAUCCACGAGACAGGGAUCGUGCCAGGUUGCAACAGACCGAAGAAACAGGCAAUGCUCCAUCUGAAGAACGACAAGCCUUGCUUGAGAACGAUGAGGAAAGACUUCUUUCGGUUAGUUGAAUCUUCCAACAAGAUAUCAGACAUAUGUACAUGGAAUCCAACAGGCACAAAAUUCGCUUCUAUGUUUGUUGACUUAUUGCCAGUAGUAUUGUAUUACUACAGAUACUUCAAAUGCUGAAUUGGCAAAAAAAAAUGUUGAAUUCUUUAUUCAAGGAUAUGAUUUUGUGUUGUGAAAUGUAUAUGCUUAUUAAUUUCAAGUGGAAAUUACAAGAGACAUAUGAGUUGUAUAAUACUCCUAAAUAAAUAGGAUUAAUCAUAUAUUAAUUACUUUUACAA